AUGGCUAUCUCCACGGUGGAAUUGGAAUUCAUUUGUGGAAUGUCACCCCAGAAAUGUUCGACAUUUAUCAACAAGUAUCUUUACCAGGCUCCCUGUCCUCUAUCUCUACUAAGUAUUGUUGGAAAGAUUAUUCUCGUUGCCGCCGUUGUUUACGUACCCGCACUCGCCUUCGCCAAAGUCGGCCUCAUCAUCCUCUACCACCGUAUUAUGAACAAGCAACCUUUCUACACGUGGACACUACAUAUCAUCUCUGCUGUUGUCUGCGGAUACAGCAUAGCAAUUGUCUUCGCGCUGAUUUUUGCAUGCCAUCCCAUUGCAAAAGGAUGGGACGCUUCGAUCACUGGGGGGUCCUGUGUUGAUCGCAACGGCUUAUACAUCGCCACAGCUGUCACCAACAUCGUCACAGACAUAGCUCUGAUUAUUGUUCCUGUACCUCUGGUGCUAAGUCUGCAAAUGCCGAAGAUUCAAAAACUCGGACUCUUGUUCAUGUUCGUUGUUGGUUGCGCCACACUUAUCACGAGUAUCCUGCGUCUUACCACCCUAAUCCCCUUCCUCAAGGCAACUGAUGUCACAUAUGAGCUAGUGCCGUCGCAACUCUGGAUCUAUGUCGAAUCCAAUCUCAUCGUCAUCUGUCCCUGCCUCCCAUUUCUCCGUCAAUUUAUGAGACGCUACUCCCCGUCUUGGAUCGGCGAAGUCAAUAGUACUGGCCGACGCUACUUCAGGGACUACAGUUCAGGUACGGCUCGCAGUCGUCGCAAACAGGGUCUCAGUCGUCUACAGGAUGACAUUGCCCUUGCCGAAAAUACGGGAAGCACCCAUAGCCAAUCCCAUAUUGUCAAAGAGGUCCAGUGGGAAGUAACGGAAGAGAGAUGCGCGGCAGAACGGCCACCGAGCAUACUACCAUCUCAUCGAGUCUAG